AUGGAAUUUCUUGAAAGAACUUCCCUGGUGAAUGACAGAGCCCCUAAGAUGUACGCCUUCACCCUAGACAGGUAACAGAUAUCUGUUGCGGAACUCCAACAGAAACCUGUGAAUAAAGAUCAAUGUCCUGGAGAGAGGCCAGAGGCACCGGAGGCAGGAGGCAUUUAUCACUGCCACAGCAACUCCAAGGCCACCGAGAGCCGGGUGAAUGAGCAAGCGCACGCCAAGUGGAAACUGUGCGUGGCCUCCGCAAUAUGCUUCAUCUUCAUGAUUGCGGAGGUCGUGGGUGGGCACAUUGCUGGGAGUCUUGCUGUCGUCACGGAUGCUGCCCAUCUCUUAAUUGACCUGACCAGUUUCCUGCUCAGUUUCUUUUCCUUGUGGUUGUCAUCGAGGCCCCCUUCUAAGCGGCUGACAUUUGGGUGGCACCGAGCAGAGAUCCUUGGUGCCUUGCUGUCCAUCCUUUGCAUCUGGGUGGUGACUGGCGUGUUGGUGUACCUAGCCUGUGAGCGCCUGCUGUCCACUGACUACCAGAUCCAGGCGACUGUGAUGAUCAUCGUCUCAGGUUGUGCAGUUGUGGCCAAUAUUGUACUAGCAGUUGUUUUGCACCAGAGACGCCUUGUCCACAAUCACAAGGAAGUGCAAGCUAAUGCCAGCGUUAGAGCAGCUUUUGUGCACGCCCUUGGAGAUGUAUUUCAGAGUAUCGGUGUGCUGAUCAGUGCUCUUAUUAUCUAUUUCAAGCCAGACUAUAAAAUAGCCGACCCAAUCUGCACGUUUAUCUUCUCCAUUCUUGUUCUGGCCAGCACUCUCAUGAUCUUAAAGGACUUCUUCAUCUUACUCAUGGAAGGUGUACCAAAGGGCCUGAGUUACAACAGUGUGAAAGAGCUCAUCCUGGCAGUCGAUGGCGUGGUCUCUGUGCAUAGCCUGCACAUCUGGUCUCUAACAAUGAACCAAGUGAUUCUCUCUGCUCAUGUUGCCACAGCAGCCAGCCGGGAUAGCCAGAUUGUCCGGAGAGGAAUUGCCAGAGCUCUCAGCAACAGCUUUCCUGUGCACUCACUCACCAUUCAGGUGGAAUCCCCAGUGGACCAGGACCCUGCCUGCCUUUUCUGUGAAGACCCCCGGGACUAG